ACAACAAAAUUUUUAUUUCCAAAUUUCAAUUUAAUUUCUCAUUUCACCUUGUAGAUUUUUCAUGCAUUAAAAAUGGUUUCAGCAUUUUCGGUGAAAGCCCGAACUUUCAUCAAGUCUCGAUUAACAACAACGGGAAAAUUGUGUGCUUUGAAAUGACUUCAAUUUUAAUUCGAUUAUACAAAAACAUCUUCGGUUCGUCAAAAUGUUUCGAAAAGCGUAACAUAUUCGAAGCAAUGACGCCCCUUUAUUAUUUGGCUAAAUUUUAUGGAUUCGCUCCGUUUCAAAUAAAUUACGGAACAGUUGAAGGAGUAGAUUACUUCUUUGUUGCAUUCAAUUUUAUAUGCUACUUGUUCUUCAUCUAUGUCCAUGUGGCGGUGGAUAGUUUCUAUCACCGCAGUGAAAAGUGCGUAGAUGUUGUAAUAGAAGUGUUUUACUGCGCAUCCACUUGUGUGUCGUUUACAACUUUAAUUCGAAUGUUCCACAAUCGACACAAGAUACGAAAGAUUUUCGAACAAUUAAAUGAAAUUGAUGAGGAGUUCGAAAGUUAUGGCGGUGCAGUUUCUCAUGGGAAGCAAUUCAUUGUUUUAUCAACAUUUGUUGCUCUAUAUGCAGUCAUGCAAUUGUUAUUGACUUUGAAUAUCUGCUAUGUGAGCCGAGAAGUAAGCGGUCAACGAUUAACUAGCUUCCUUCUUAAUUUGGUCGCAUUCAUCUAUGAUAUUGGAUGCUUCUUAGCUGUGCUGAGCAACUAUUUAUUUAGUAUUAUGGCGGUUACUAGUAGAGUUGUAUUACUUAAUGACACUAUCAGGAAAUUUGACGAUAUGGAUGCAAAUAUGGUUAUAAGAAUAUCGAAAAUCUAUGAUAGAUUGUGCGACAUUGUCGAGUUUUUGAACUACAUUCUGUCAUUUGAAGUAAUGAUCCUACUAACUGCAAGUUUUGGGUGUCACGUAAUUGCGGCUUUUAUUUUUUACAAACAAUUUUCAUCAGACUACCAAUAUAGUAGCAUAGAUGAAGAUGUGCGAUUAGAUGCCAGUUCAUAUGUGUUAUCCCUUAUUUGGCAUUUAUACUAUGCGUCAAUAUCAGUUUUAGUAAUAGUUAGCGGUGCAACGUUGUCGAAACAAGUGGGUGUAAUUAAAAUAGACAUUCCGACGAAUGAUUUUCGUGUAUGCAUUGUGAAAAUUGUAGUUUUGUCCACUUAA